AUGGCAGCCGCGGUGCUAGAGGUGAGCAAUGUUUUGGUCGCGGAGUUCACUGCACCACCACUGCACUACUCCUGCGCCUCCUCUCCAGCACCCACUGCCUUCACCAACCUCACAUCACAGCUGGCAUGCGAGGCGCACCGUGCAACAUUGCAAGGUGUUCAACAGGACGUUGAGUGUCAACAUUUCGUGUUCAACACCACCGUCUUCGCUUCGACGGUCACUGCAGACCUGGAGCUGGUGUGUGAGCGCAGCUGGUAUCGCAGCUUACACCAGAUGGUGCUGACACUUGGGUGUACUGUUGGUGCACUCACUGGCGGCGUCUUCACUGAUUUGCUGGGCCGUCAAAGGUCCCUGUUCUACGGGGCGCUCCUGAUGACCACCUUCACGCUGGUGGUGGCCUCGGCGCCGUCCUUGCUGGUGCUCCUGCCCGCCAGGUUCCUGCUGGGGGUGUCCAUGCAUCUUGUUCUUAACCCCGCCAUCACUAUGGGUAAUGCUUACUUUGGUCUUAAGCUGCUUUAACCCCGCCAUCA